AUGGCUGACGCACAGCUUAUGGAGGAACAGCUGCAGCGCAGCGUCAUGCGCGACGCCGAGAUGAUCCAGCAUAUCUCCGAUGGAGUUGUAGCUGUGGGCGACGACGGCUCGUAUGCCUCCCACAGUCACAUUGUUGUCCACGAUGGAGAGUUUGAUGCCGAGGGUGACAUAGACAUGGAUACAGCAGAGGAACAGAGACAAGACUAUGACGAGGAUGAGCAGAGUGAGUCGGAAGAAGAGGACAGUGGCAAUAGCAACUCCGAAGAGGAGGAAGAUGAAGAAGAGGACGAUGACGAUGAUGACGAUUCAUUUGAGGAAGACGCUGAAGGCGAAGAGGAUGACGAGGUAAUCCAGCGACGUCGUCUUCCGCAGCGCAGAUUAGCCAGCAGAGUUACUAGCCGUCACAGUGCUGAGGAUGACGACGAUGAAGGUGUUGGCGCAGUCAAGUUUCGGCCGGGAGAGACAGAGGAUGAAGAUAGCCGCUCAGAAUCCGCGAGUUCGGCAAGCGGAAGUGACGACGAUUCUGACGGUGACGAGGAAUGGCACGAGGCUGACCACGACGAUGGUGAUGAUGACGAAUCCGCAGAUACCACCGGGCUGUGUAUCUUCUGCAAGCAGGAUGAGGAUCACGAUCCCAGUGAGGAGUUUGAGGUCUACCUGGCUUGCACGAGGUGUGGGGAUAAUGCCCACCAACAGUGCGCUCGUGAAAAUGAAGCUAUUACCAGCGAGCAAGGCCCUGGAAAUUGGCGAUGCCCCAAGUGUGCUGGCAUGGACUCUGAUUCGGAUGCUGCUGUGGAGGAGAAUGAGGCUACUACCGCAAUGGACAGUGCGGCUGAACCAAAUCCGUCAUCCUCCAGACGGACAAGCGUGCCCAAGUUGGCGUGCGACCUGCUGCCAUCUCAAAAGGGAAUUAUUAAGCCUGAUUCUCAUUCCGUAUUCAACCAGCUUGUCCUUGAUGAGGAUCCAAUGGACGGGUCUCGUGUGCUCAGAAAACGCAAGACAUCUUCAACCGAGGCAGAUGAUGGAGUUAUGACGCUCCGAAAACGGCGGAAAGCCACUACAGAUGGGCAGAGCAAUGAUGAAGGUGCUACUAACCAGGAUGAUUCAUCCCGACCUGUCUCAAGGUCUCUGCGUAUAAAAAUCGCGAACGCUCCUGCAUCUAUCAUCAAAAACACCCGCGGAAGCCUGAUCGUCAAGUUCCGAGUGAACUCUUCUGAGUUACGUCAGAUUUUGUCAAGGAAGCCGAGGGGCUCGCGGAAACGUUCUACGGGCAGAUCGUCUCGACGCAGGACUUCCAGAAACGAUUCGAGGAGGAUUGCAGCUCUUCCGGUAGCUCCUAUCACAACCCCUUUCACUCCUACCGCUUAUUCCCAACCAUUCUACUCUUUCUUCGACAAGGAGACAGACGAAAUGAAGGGCAAGCCGUAUGGAGGAAUCUUAAGCGAAGCUGAGGCUGAUACCUCGAAAACGAUGCCCACUAACGAAGACCGGCGGCGCUUUGACGAAGCCAAGCAAAAGGCAGAAGAGGAAUGGCGAGAGAGGGUCCUCAAAAUGCAGGCAGAAAUGGAGCUCCCUCCCAAGAAAUCCAAGAAAGCGUCUGGGCCAGCGAGCCAGAUUGAGUGCAUAGAGUUCGGUGGUUGGGAGAUCGACACAUGGUACGCUGCUCCAUACCCAGAGGAGUACAGUAGGAAUCGCGUCCUCUACAUCUGCGAAUUCUGCCUCAAGUACAUGAACUCGGACUACGUCGCUUGGCGGCACAAGCUCAAGUGCCCGGCCAAACACCCUCCAGGAGAUGAGAUCUAUCGGCAUGGUUCCGUUUCCGUUUUCGAGGUCGACGGUCGCAAGAAUCCGGUUUACUGUCAAAAUCUUUGCUUGCUGGCUAAGCUCUUUUUGGGCUCCAAGACUCUCUACUACGAUGUAGAGCCCUUCCUCUUCUACGUGCUUUGCGAAUACGACGAGCUGGGCUACCACUUUGUCGGUUAUUUCUCAAAGGAAAAGCGAGCCAGUAGCCAAAAUAACGUCUCGUGCAUUCUCACAUUGCCCAUCCACCAGCGAAAGGGCUAUGGCAACCUUCUGAUCGAUUUCUCUUACCUCUUGACCAGGGUUGAGAAGAAGACAGGCUCGCCUGAAAAGCCUCUCUCGGACAUGGGCCUGGUUUCUUAUCGUAACUAUUGGCGGCUUGUUAUGUGCCGCUAUCUCCUCGAGCAUUUCUCGGAAGAGAAAUCUGGGAAGAUGGGGCUUAGCAUCAAGCAGAUAUCUGAAGACACCGGCAUGACGCCGGAUGAUGUGAUCUCAGCGUUGGAAGGUCUGAGGGCUCUUGUCAAAGACCCCCAGACACAGCUCUAUGCGCUUCGCGUCGACUUGCAGUAUUGUCGAGAAUAUGUCGAAAAGUGGGAGGCCAAGGGAUACGUGAAGCUCAACCCAAACGCCUUGACAUGGACGCCCUACGUUAUGGGCAGAAGCAACUCUUUGAACUUCGAAUUAGCGCCUACUCUCAGCGCCAUCGCCGCCCGAGACGAUGACGAGGAGAUCAAGCCAGAUCCACCGGUAGAAGACCCGUUGAUCAAUGGAUCAAAUUCCCCCACUCGCCGCGAGGAUCCCCCUCCAGACAUCAAGAUCAACUUUAACACCACUAUUCUUCAGUCUGCUGAGAAGGACGCAAUGCAUAGUGCUGUCAAAGGUGAUCCCAAGCCUUCUGAGAGUGAUGGCGCUGAUGACGCUCCAGAUGAUCAGAAAUUCAAUUCUGGUCCGGAUUCUAAAGAUUCAGAAGGCGACGACUGGAUGCUCAAGUACAAAGACAUCCCGCCAACUCGCUUCGAGCCCGUUCCACCUGUUCCAGGCCGUCGCUCCGCUGAUCGAUCUCGCUCCGUUGUUAUCCCUCGCCCACCCACAGUUCGGUCCGCAGGCAGCAGCACGUCUCGCCCCCGGUCCAGACGUUUGACUGCGGGCUCGCGCCGCUCCACGACAUCCAGGCCCCGUACGAGCGGUAGCAAUAGUAGCAAGCGCAGACCAGGUGGGACUGGGCGCGGACCGGGUCGUUGGCCUAAGGGCACUAAGAAGAGCGAUUAUGGCAACGCAGACAGUGGACCUGGUUUCCCUCCAGCUUGGAUAGCUGAGAGAAACAGACUCGCUGCACUAGCUGCGGCGAAAAAAGAAGCUGCUGAGAAGCAAAAGGAAGAAGAGGCCACUGCAGUCGGAGAGAGCGGUGAAGUACGGGAUACGGUGCAGGUACAGAGUACUGCAGUCUCGGACCAACUGAACGGGUCUGUUGCCGCGGGUUCAAAGACUCCCAGAGGAAAGGGGAAAGGAAAGGCCAAGGAAGUACCAACGGAUGUGGUGAUGGGGGAAGCCGAUGCCGAAGGUGAAGAAGACUAG